AUGGAUCCGAGCCAGCACAACCCUCCAGCCGGACACCAGAUCGUCCAUGUACGAGGUGACUCAGAGACGGACCUGGAGACGCUGUUCAACGCCGUCAUGAACCCGAAAAACACCAUCAUCCCCCCCUCUGUACCGAUGAGGAUGAGAAAGCUACCGGACUCCUUCUUCAAACCCCCAGAACCAAAGUCCCAUUCCAGACAAGCCAGCACUGAUGCUGGUAGCGGCGGCACUCUCACCCCUCACCAUGUGCGUGCACAUUCGUCUCCAGCUUCCCUUCAGCUGGGGGCUGUCUCCGGUGGCUCCAUGUCCGGCAUGCCCCCGGCAGGUGCUUCCCCUCAACAUCUCCGUCAAUCCUCAUAUGAGAUUCCCGAUGACGUUCCUCUUCCGCCUGGUUGGGAGAUGGCAAAGACUGCCUCCGGCCAGAGAUACUUCCUCAACCACAUCGAUCAGACCACCACUUGGCAGGAUCCUCGGAAAGCCUUGCUACAGAUGAACCAAGCUCCUCCAGCCAACACUGUGCCAGUCCAGCAACAGAACCUUAUGAACCCAGCGAGUGGUGCUCUCCCUGAGGGCUGGGAACAAGCUAUGACCCCAGAGGGUGAGAUUUACUUCAUCAACCACAAGAACAAGAGCACAUCCUGGCUCGACCCACGACUCGACCAACGCUACGCGCUGAACCAGCAGAGGAUCACCCAGAGUGCCCCAGUGAAACAGGGAGGCCCACUGCCCCCCAAUACGCACAGUGGAGUCAUGGGGAGCAACAGUCAGAUGAGACUGCAGCAGAUUGACAAAGAGCGGCUGAGACUGAAGCAACAGGAGCUGCUUCGACAGAGACCACAGGAGCUAGCACUGAGGAAUCAGCUGCCGAACAGUAUGGAUCAAGAUGGCGGCACCAACCCAGUGUCUUCCCCCUUGGCUCAGGAUGCCAGGACCAUGACAGCCAACAGCUCUGAUCCAUUCCUCAACAGCGGGACCUACCACUCCAGGGAUGAAAGUACAGAUAGUGGCCUGAGUAUGAGCAGCUACAGCGUCCCUCGCACACCAGACGACUUCCUCAACAGUGUCGAUGAAAUGGACACAGGAGACCCGCUUCAGUCGACCAUGGCAACACAGCCCAGUCGUUUCCCAGACUACCUGGAUGCCAUCCCAGGAACAGAUGUGGACCUGGGAACCAUGGAGAGUGAAAGCAUGGCAGUAGAGGGCGAGGAGCUGAUGCCCAGUUUGCAGGAAGCCCUGAGCUCCGACAUCCUCAACGACAUGGAGUCUGUGCUGGCAGCCACUAAGAUUGACAAGGAGAGUUUCCUCACAUGGUUAUAGAAGCCCCCAGUGGGGCACUGCUGACUCCUCACACUACACUCUAAACUGCUGCCUGCUCUGAUCUGUGAAGGAUUCAUAGAUGCUUUUACAAGACAUUUCAGCAAGCCUCUCUGGUCUUCUGUCACCCAAGACCACAACCUUUCCCGAGGCUGAGUCGUUUUGUGUUCUUUUCUUUUUGUAUGUUAUCUCUUUAUUUUGUCUGUGUCUUCAAGGCUGGCCCAUGAACAGACAAUUACGCAAAAGGGUCCCCACAUCAUUCACAGGUCUAUGAGUUAAACUAAAAUAUCACCUCCCAGAGCGGAGGGUCUCUGCUUCUCCUCCCUCCCUUGAAGCUGAGCCUUGCAGGUCACGUCUGCAUGGACUGUUUAUCACCAGGGAUCUCCGCCUUCUCUCCCUUCUUGCAGUAUAACGUGAAGCAGCACUACAUUAACUGGUUGUUGGGACUUCUGCAUCGUAGCUUGAGUAGGUUUACAUUUGGCCUUGUUAGUUUUUCUUUGACUUAUUUAGUCUUUAUUUACCGAGCCUGAACAACCAAAAAUGAUGUAUUUGAAGCAUUAAGAACAAUACUGAUUUGGAGUUAAGGCAACAUGAGGCCUUGUGUGGAUGCGUUGGCUUUGCUGCAGGUGGUGGGCAGAGGGUUGACGCCUGGGGACCGCCUUCAUUGCUGCUUGGCUGUGCCAACAAAGUCUAACUUAAACCUUGGAUAGAUUUAAGUGCCUUCAGUUGUAUUUUUUGAGACGCGAGCACCACGAACAAUUUUCUGUACCACAAUAAGCAUUGAGGCUGGGGUCACAAAUAUCCCCCCGCUUUUCUUCUAUAUAAUGAUCAAUAAUCACAAUUGUACCUUUUGUUUUGUAAACAUACAAGGGGAUUUAGGGAAUACGUUUUUGUUUCAGUCUUAUCAGGCCUAAAUCAUAGUUUAUUCUUCAUUUUAUCUUUUUAGAUUUGUCUUUAUUUUGUAGGUUACUACAUUUGUAUGAUAGCGUAGCUCAAAAGGCAUUUGUGCUUUUGCUGUUAAUUUCUUUCCUAGACAAAUGUAUGCAUUUAACAGGGUUGACUGUUAUCAGAGCCUCACUUCACUCAGAACCAGUGCAAAGACACAGGUUGAUGCAGUUUUGACCUCUUGUUUUAGCUGAUUCACUUAUUGUCUCUUAUUUACUUAUAUACAUAUACGUGUGAUUUUUUUUUUUAAUGGGUCACAUGCAGCUUUUACUUUAUCUUUUCCUGAACAUUAACCAAAAAAGCAAAAAAAAAAAAAAGUCUUGGCUUAAAGAAAGCUGAGGCUCUUUGUUUUUAAUCAAACACACCCUGACAUUGUACCAGAACAGUUCCUGAUGGGUUUAGAACCUCUGUUAGAUAGUGUGCUACAUGUUGAACUGAUGGAUAUGGAGACUAGAGUGAGUUUAAAAGAAGGUUUAAGAGUUACGUCGAAAGGUAAAGUAAAGGAUUAGGGUUGGUCUGGUUGGCAUCAACUGAGGUGAUGUGCGGUUUUCUUUUAUUUUUAUGAUUUUUUUUUAUAAUAAAAAAAAAACAAUCAGUUAUUUUCUAAGUCAGGAAUUGUAGCAGCAACUUCCAAAGAUGUAUCUUUUUGUUUUUGCUUCCACUUUAACCGAGUCCAGAAAUAUGUUGAAAGUCAACCUCCAUUUAAAAAGAACUGUAUAAGCUAACGAGAAAAUUUGGUUGGUAUUUAAGUGUCUGUGGUCACGUCUGAAUGAGUGAACCAAGUCUAUAUAUGAGAGUUUCUGAUUUAUGAUUUUUUUAAAAACAAUGUUUUUGCGUGACUAACCCUGAAGAUGGUAAAGAUACAGUUUUUGCAAAAGAGAUGAAACUCAGUACGUUUACAUGACAUGAGGACAAAGUGAAAUCUUGCAUUAGUCUGACCAGAACUGGACUUUAAAAGAAAUGUAAAUGUGUAAAACUGACUGGAACAGCAAGUUCUCAAAAUCAAACAUAUAUUCAAAUAGUUUAGCUAAAAAUCGGCUUCUACCUGCAAGCAGGCUCCUUACUGCUCUGUUACUAGCCCUGGAUCGAACACUAAGGAAGUAUUCGAAGCAGCAUGUCCUAACAUUAGUACACGCUUCAAGAUGUCGUCAUUUGUUUCCCAAAUAUUCCACCGCAGGCAUUUAUCUCACAUAUAAUCCAAUUAAAACAUGCAGCUCCAAGUAUACUUAACACAUGCUUUCAGCAUUACUCUUUGCUAACAAGCUAACUCCAGUAUUCCACAACAAGCGGGUAAUAACCUCAAAAUACCAUUUCUGUGUAGGUUCUCAGUCAUCCAGGCCACCUUAUCCAAAAGUAGUUAUAUCAAGGGCAACUGGACUGGUGGAACAAAAGCAACCUAUUGUAGUAACUUUAUGUCACUGACCUCCAUUCUAUCGUGCCCAUCAAAUUUUUUUUUUUUUGAUCGCCACAGUCUCCCUAAAAUAAUCUGAAACAAUUGUGUUCCCCACCAAAGAAAGUUUUAAAUGAAAGAUUUAAAAUGUGUGUCUGCCUAUUGUACCUAUUGAUGGUGUAUCACCAUUGCCAUGUACAUCUUGUUCAGUUUUACAAGCAGCUUUGCUUUCUGCAGAAGCCUGCACUUUUUGGUUGAUUACAAUAAGUGGGCAGAGUCGGUUAACAGCGAUACCAAUAUUCACUUCCACUGGCUCAGUGAAAGUCACUGAAGAGGUUACAUUUGUAUUUUUUUCUAUGUUGUCUCUCUACUACAUGAAAACCAACGCUAUAUGUAAGCAACGGUUAGUUGCUAAAUGAAUAUAUAUAUAUGUAUAGCAUCAUCACAAGCUUGGACACAAGUUGCCUGCUCUUAAAUUCCGAGCUAACCAUGAAGAAAUAUGGAGCACCUGAAUAGCAAAUCCUAUAUGAACGCAACUAUGUGCAUAACUAGUAAUUAGUUUUGCUUGCAGCCCUAUGCUAACAAGUUAACCAUAUACUGCUAAUUAACAAUUCAGCUUUUUGAAGAAUAUCCUAGGAAAGUCUAAAUUCAGUUGAAUCUUUGGAUUUGCUUUCCAGGUCAGUACAAGACAGUUGUUGAAUAAUCCCAGUCGAGCUACAAUAUAAAACUGGCUCAACACAGCUGUGUAUGUAAACGUAUUGACGUUUUUUUCCAUCUUUCAUACUCAUGGUUACAUGUCCUCUGAGAAAGGAACAGAUUCAGCCGCUGUAGCGACGACACACCUUCAACUCUCAUAAUCAUGUUAUCUCAAUGUUUACACCAUUGCUACAUUUUUUAUAAUUACUGAAAUAACCUCUGUGUAAUCUGCCUGCUGUGUGUGCCCUCCAGAAUUCAUGUACCAACCAUUACACUAAUUGUAAGCAUUAACUUGUUGGAACAUUUUUUCUUUUUUUAGAAUUGUCACCAUGAACUUUUUUUAUUCUGUGUGAUGAACCUCUUUUGUUAGUUUUGACUUUAUUAAUCAGUAAACGAUGAUGGAUCCAGAUGGACAAACAGUGUUGGUAAGAACAAUGCAACUAAAAUGAGUGGUACACUGCAGUGCUCGUAUUGCACAGCUUCAGAGUUUUUCAUUUUUGAUGCAAUGAUGCAUUUGUCACAGACCUGAUUUAAUGCUUACCUAGUGUGUAACUGUCAGAGCAUAUUCGCUGUUGACCGUCGGUGUAGCAGUAGAACUAAUCACACAAGUUAAAGGAUUUUGUAUUUAGAGUUUUCUAAAUGCACAUAAAAUGAUUUAUAUUCAUUACUGAUCUAUUUUUAAUAGAUAUGUGCAUGAGUUUUAGAACAAUAAAUUCUGUUACAUUAUAUCUUUCUUCAUAUGAUACUUUGAAAUUGACCUGAAAUAAACUAUAUACUUUGUGGUAA